UAAUUUUUGUAACCUUAAAUUUGUGCCUUUUCUCCUCUUCGGGUCUGUAUUUUAUCUAUAUUUUGUUAUUCUUAUAGAUAAAAACCAGCGCCGGUUUUGUGAGUUGUCCUUCUCAACCUGCAAAGCAAACCUCUAUCCGUCCUCUCCAGCGGUUUUUGUGAUUUUUAACACUGCCCGGUGUUGUGGAUGUGUCGGCCGGCUGCAGCGGUGCUCGCGGUGCUGACCGCCUGUGUCUGCGUGCUACGAGUGUGCGCGGCGGGGAGAAGCCAGCAGCUCAAUUACCGGCCGGUCAUCGGUGUGUUGGCGCAGGAAAAUCUUCCAGGAGACCAGUUUGCUCGUGGCUCCUCUUACAUCGCAGCCUGCUAUGUCAAAUACCUGGAGGGCUCUGGGGCCCGGGUUGUACCUAUCAGAAUCAAUCGCACAGAAGAAGAAUAUGCCAACAUAUUCCGCUCAAUAAAUGGGUUGUUGCUGCCGGGAGGAGAUGUAGAUCUUCAAACAUCGCAGUUCAGUCGAGCUGCCAAGAUCUUUUACAACUUGGCUCUGAAGGCCAACGAUGCCGGGGACUACUUCCCCAUCUGGGGGACGUGUCAGGGCUUCCAGCAGCUGUCCGUCCUCACAGCCAACAAAAACCUGCUCACCCUCACUGACACCAAGGCUGUGGCUCUACCUCUCACUCUCACACCAGCGGCCCAGUCCAGCCGUCUGUUCCGAAGUUUUCCCAAGGACCUCCUGCAGUCUCUGGCUACAGAAAACAUCACUUCCAACUUCCACAGAUGGAGUCUGUCUAUACAGAACUAUAGCCGCAACGCCAAGCUGAAGAGGUUUUACAAGGUCCUGUCCACUAACAAUGACGGGAAGAAAGAAUUUAUCUCCACCAUGGAAGCCUACCGCUACCCAUUUUAUGCAGUGCAGUGGCAUCCAGAGAAAAGCCAGUUUGAGUGGAUAGAUAAGCCGGGCAUGAUUCACUCCUUGUCCGCUGUAAGAGCCUCCUUCUACACUGCCAGCUUCUUUGUCUCUGAAGCCAUGAAGAGCCAGCACCAGUUCUCCAGUUCUGUGGAGGAGGAGCGAGCUCUCAUCUACAACUUCUCUCCCGUCUACAGAGGCAUGCACGCCAUCUUUGUGCAGAACUAUUACUUUGAUUGACGGACUCUACCGAAGACGACCUUGGCCCAAGUAUAAAACCAAACGCUAUGGUGUCGUCUCUUCCAGUAGCCUCAAACUCCAAGUCAGUAAUUAGCAGUUUAGCUUAGCUGGUUUGCACAGUAAUAUGAAAUGCAGAAGUGCCAACAGAAGUGAUGGAACGCAGUGAUAUAUGAUACAAUAACAAAAUAAUAAAACUAAACGUUAUGUUCAAAAAGGUUUUUUUGAAUCUAAUAUUAGAUAAAUGACAGGUAUGAAUUUACAAAAGUGGCAACCACAUAGACGCAUGCACAAAAUCCACACAUGAACAAGAUCAUGUUUUGGCUUUGGGGGCACAA